AUGUCCGCAAACUCUCUUGUCGGCCCCGUCUACCUCGACUGGGAGCAGCGUUUGGAGCAGAGGCUCGACCUCAUCCACUUCGCUCUCAAGCAGGGUGACUCCAAGAUCCUCGCAGCCAUCUUUGCCCAGGAUCAGUCCAGCCCGAUUGAUCACCACGCCACCUUCAACGUCCAGGCCAGGAACCUUGGCCCCCACGUCAGCGAGAAUGGCUCUCGCAUCCUCAGGGAUCUUGAGGACCACGUCCUGAAGACCAACGAGCACAUCCGCUCCGACAACAACCGCAUUGACAAGAACAUGGAGGAGCUUGCCCGCAGCGACAAGCGCAACGACCAGGACGCCUGGCACAGGAACAUCCAGGAGAACAUCAACUCUCUCCGCAACACCUCCCGGCAGCAGGUUGAGCAGCUCCGCUCCUACGGUCGCCAGAAGAUCGAGCACCUCCCCGAGCAGCUCCGCCAGCCCGCCGUCGACAUCUUCAACGGCGCCGUCGGCGUGGUCUUCACCUUCGUGAACACCACCCAGCAGUACCUCCAGGAUGCCUCCAACACGAUCCCCACCUGGAUCCGCCAGCCCCAGGAUAAGGUCCAGGAGUUCCGCCGUGCCUACAAGUACUGGUAUGAGGGCUCCGAAAUCAUGAUCAAGGGUUGGUUCAAGGGCGCCCGCCACCUCCGCGGCGUCCCCUCCAUGAACGAUGGUGCCCCCGACGGCGACAACAUUGGCGCCAUCAGGGACAUCGCCACCAAGCUCCAGUGCAUUGGUCUGGAGAGCUUCACCAUCGUCAGGAAGGGCAGUGGUUGGGCUCUUGAGAUCUCCGAGGAGUAG